AUGGUUGCCGCCCAUACGCAUGCCAUUGCAACAGUCCAGAAUCAAUACGCUCUCAAUCACCUCGACCUCCGUACCGAACUCCGGUGGUUACCUCUUCUGGCCCGGAGCGCCCAGCCACAGUUCACCUCACAGCCCUGCCAGUCGCCAGCGCACACACAUCACCAACCGUCGCAAGCAAGAGGCAAGCACGACCUCGCCAACUGCAAACUCGAGGCAUGCUUCCGAGUCAUUCUGGACGCGAAAACAACAAGGUGCCGCUUGACAAACCGCCGCGAACACACCCACGUUCGUCCGUAA